AUGCAGGAGGACCCGGAGGGUUGGCUCGAUGUUUUCACCGAGCGGCGCGAGCGAGCGGAGCUUACCUUGCGAGGGGAGGCGCGUGGAUGUGCCAUGAAGGAGGACACAACUGGGAACACCUGUGCAGUGAGCACUCCUUGUUGCAUCUCACCUGCUGUCUGUCAGCUGGCAGGUGCCUUAGCAGAGGAAGGCUGCUCAUUGGACCAGAUCGUCUCCAAGGUGACGGAGGUUUUGAAGGGGAUCGGUACGCUGGGGGUGAGUCUGUCUCCGUGCAGCGUUCCAGGCUGCCUGCCGUCUUUUGACCUGCCGCCAGGAGACAUGGAGCUGGGACUGGGGAUUCAUGGUGAACCUGGAAUCAAAAGGUCAAAGGUGGCGUCCGCCGACGAGGUGGUGAAGACCAUGAUAGAUCACAUGACCAACCCUGACAGCCAAUCACAUCUGCCUCUUAAGUCAGGAGACAGUGUGGUUGUGUGUGUCAACAACCUCGGAGCUCUGUCUUGUCUGGAGAUAGCUGUGGUCACCAGAGCGGUCAUCAUCUGUCUGGAGAGUCGUGGUGUGGUGGUUGCCAGGGUGAUGUCAGGGUCGUUCAUGACAUCAUUGGAGAUGGCAGGAGUGUCGCUGACCCUGAUGAGAGCCGACGAGGAAACACUGAGACUGUUUGACGCUAAGACAAGCGCCCCCGCCUGGCCAAACCUCAGCAGUGUGUGUGUAAGCGGACGCAGCUACAUGACAGACCCUCCUGCUGUGAGCACACGGCCACAGGACGACACACACUCCGAAGGGCCGCUGAGUCCUGUGAUGCGUAAAGCGUUGGCGAGGGUUUGCUCCACACUUUUAGAAAAGCAGGAAGAACUUAACGCCCUGGACCGAGCUGCAGGGGACGGAGACUGUGGGAACACUCAUGCACAGGCUGCAAAAGCCAUUCAGGAGUGGCUCCAGGAUCAUGUUGUCCCUAGUUGCCCUGGGCAACUGCUCUCAGCCCUCGCUGGAUUGGUGCAGGAGAAGAUGGGCGGGUCUUCAGGAGCGCUGUACAGUUUGUUCCUGACGGCAGCAGCUGGUCAUGUGACCGAUGGGCAGAGCGACGCUGCAGCCUGGGCUAGAGCAAUGCAUGCUGGGACACAGGCUAUGAGGAGAUACGGCGGUGCUGAUCCUGGAGACAGAACGAUGUUGGAUGCUUUGUGUCCUGCUGUGGACGAGCUGAUGAAGCUGACGACAGCACCACCUGGUGGGCAGAUGGCUGUACUUCAGACUGCUGUUCAGAAAGCGGCCUCGGGUGCCGAGUCGACACGUAACCUCACGGCGAGGGCGGGGCGAGCCAGCUACAUCGCAGCUGAGAGGGUCAACCUGCCCGACCCCGGCGCCGUGGCUGUCGCCGCCAUCCUGAGAGCCGUGCUGGAGUCGCUGGAAGGGCAGAAGUAACUCAACAAACAGUACAGCAGCAGAUUAUCAUUCCUAUCAUCACACUAAAACCAGAAUUACACUAGAAUGCCUCAGUAACAAAGAAAAAACGGUGAUUUUUAACCUCUUUGAAGCACAUUUGAAGUCUUUUUAUGUACUAAGAUAUAAAAAAAAAAAAUCUGUAAUUAACAUCUAUGAUGUAAAGAAUU